AUGGCGGAUCGCUGUCAUUCAUACCAAGAUUACCCACAGUCCUCUUGUGCUCUGUCGGGAGUGCUCUGUCGGGAGUGCUCUGUCGGGAGUGCUCUGUCGGGAGUGCUCUGUCGAGAGUGCUCUGUCGGGAGUGCUCUGUCGAGAGUGCUCUGUCAGGAGUGCUCUGUCGAGAGUGCUCUGUCGGGAGUGCUCUGUCGAGAGUGCUCUGUCGAGAGUGCUCUGUCAGGAGUGCUCUGUAGAGAGUGCUCUGUCGGGAGUGCUCUGUCGGGAGUGCUCUGUCGGGAGUGCUCUGUCAGGAGUGCUCUGUCGAGAGUGCUCUGUCGGGAGUGCUCUGUCGAGAGUGCUCUGUCAGGAGUGCUCUGUAGAGAGUGCUCUGUAGAGAGUGCUCUGUCAGGAGUGCUCUGUCGGGAGUGCUCUGUCAGGAGUGCUCUGUCGAGAGUGCUCUGUCAGGAGUGCUCUGUCGGGAGUGCUCUGUCAGGAGUGCUCUGUCUGGAGUGCUCUGUCGAGAGUGCUCUGUCGAGAGUGCUCUGUCGGGAGUGCUCUGUCGGGAGUGCUCUGUCGAGAGUGCUCUGUCAGGAGUGCUCUGUAGAGAGUGCUCUGUAG